ACUCUCCCUUAUCGCAACCAUGCUCACUGCCGCCAUUCCUACCGCAUUAUCCACUUCUUUGCCAUCACCUCAACCUGCUUCUGAUAGCACUUCUCAUUCUGUGCCUAAAUACUUACAAGAAGACGACCUCACUCAAGAACGAAAGGACUUAAUCUCCUCACUCCCCACUGAAAGUGGUUGGGUCGCCAAUUGUCUCCAUCAAUAUCAAGGCUUCUGGCACACAACCCGCCAGCUUCAAGGAGUUCUAACUUGCCAAAAGCACUUCCACGCUCAGGAUUCCGAUACCCUCCUCGUCACCACUCCCAAAUCCGGCACCACUUGGCUCAAAGCCAUAGCAUUCUCCUUAAUAAACCGUUCAAAACACGCAAUUAACGAUCCUCACCACCCUUUGUACACCAACAACCCUCACGAUCUUGUGCCUUUCAUAGAGCUCAAACUUUACAUAGAAAAUCAGGUCCCCGACCUCUCGGUUUUUGCCUCUCCGAGACUCUUCUCAACUCACUUGCCUCUGGUUUCAUUGCCGAAAUCCGUCAAUGACUCUCGCUGCAAGAUUGUUUACUUGUGCAGGAACCCGAAGGACACUUUCGUCUCGCUAUGGCACUUCACGAACAAGCUGAGACCGAAAGAUAAAGGCGUGAAUUCUCUCGAAAAGGCCUUCGAUAAGUUCUGCAAUGGCGUGAGCUUGUACGGACCGUUCUGGGAGCACGUACUGGGGUACUGGAAGGCGAUCGUGGAAAGGCCGAAGAGGGUGUUUUUCUUGAAGUUCGAGGAGAUGAAGGAGAAGCCGGCAAUGCAUUUGAAGAGACUGGCGGAGUUCUUGGAGUGUCCGUUUUCGAAAGAGGAAGAGUUGAAUGGAACGGUGGGUAGGAUACUGGAGAUGUGUAGCUUCGACAGUUUGAGGAAUUUGGAGGUGAACAAGACUGGGAAAAUGUUCUCCGGCGAGGAGUUUAAGGCAUUUUUCCGGCGGGGAGAGGUCGGGGAUUGGAAGAAUCAUUUGACGGAUGAGAUGGCGGAACGGUUGGACGGGAUUAUCGAAUGCAAACUGCAUGGUUCUGGGUUAAGGCUUUAGUUUAAGCGUUGUAUUGGAAUUAUUAUUAUUGUUGUUGUCGUUUUUAUU